GAGUAUCAAGAUGGCGUCUGAGGUCGAUGACGCUGCUGUGGAGAAAGAGAAAGAAUUGCGACAGAAAAGAAUUAACACAGCGGUGAAGUUUCUUCAAAAUCCGAAAGUAAGGGAAACUCCAGUGUCUGCACGAAAAGCGUUUCUCGAGAAGAAAGGAUUGUCCAAAGAUGAAAUCGAAGAAGCGCUUAGAGUAUCAGGAACAGCAUCUGAUGAGAUAUCAAGGCCAUCAAAUUCCCCAGCCCCACCUCAGAGAGGUAUUAGGACUCCAUCUUCAGGUCAUGCCUCAAGGUUGCCUCUGCCUCCAGUGCCAUGGAGAAGUUAUGUUGGAGCUGCAAUCUUAGGUGGAGGAAUUGGAUAUACACUGGCUCAUCUUUUCAAGACAUUUGUUCUACCCUACUUUUACCACACAAAAAGUAAAGAGGAGGAGAAACUAGAGAAAAUAGAAACAACUGUGACUGAACUAAAAGGCAACAUGGAAGAGAGAGUACAAAAAAGCUUAGAAUCUGUAGAGGGUCUUCUUGAGCAACAGCAGACCAAACUUCAAAGCCUAGCUCUUGACCUUGCUUCCACACAGUCCAAGGUGGCUUUGUUACCAUCUGAAAGUUACACUGUUGGUGAUUUGAAAGGAGAGAUUCUCUCACUGAAAGGUCUUCUUCUGAACAGGAAACAAUUUCCAUCUCCUUUGGUGGGCUCCACUCCAGGUGCCCCAAGCAUUCCAGCAUGGCAACGGGCCGUUACUUCAACAGAACGAACAAGGACAACAUCUUCCCUUGCUGACUCCUCUGAAAUGCCUGUUACAACUGAGUCAUCAGACAGCAAAGAGCUAUCCAAAGUUUCUUCUUUUGAGCAUAGUGCUAUGAAUGGUGAGUUAUCCAAACAUUUUGACAAUGUUGAAAAAGAGGCUAGUACAGAAAUGCAAGAUAUUGUGACUUUAGAAAACAGCCCUGCAAACCAAAGUGGUACAUCUAGCAGUGGAACAGAAUCUACUGCCACACCCAAGACUGUAGUUGCAGUAGAUGAGAAAAGUCUCAAUGAUGCCAUGCUUAAUGACACAAGUGUUAUUAGUUCAGAUGGAAGCCUUUCCUCAAUGUCAGAUUUAUCAGGGAAUACUUCUUUCCAUGAUACGUCUAUUGCAUUUUCCUCCACUUGUAUCAAGGCUCCCUCUGAUAUAGGUUUGCGUUCAGAUUCAACUGGGGAAUCUGAGGAAGGUGUCAGUGAUUCAAUUGGUGUUGUGACUGUGCAAUAGGGAUUCAGUGUUGAAGUGACAGCUUCACCUUGCAGAGGAAGCAGCAGAUAAGGGGUUCUAACAAACUGAUAGUGGAACCUACAAGAAACCUAAUCAAAGUAAAAGUCAAGGCGGAUGAUAUUUGACCUUUUCGUGGAAAGGAUCUCCAUCAACAUCUAGAGGGAAUUUUUGGUAUGAUUCAACCGUAAACAAGCUGAUCUGAAAUUUUUGGACACCAAGUUUAGGUCUCACCCUGAAUAUCAGUUUGGAAACUAUAUUGUGGAUCCACAGCUUUUAUUAAGCCAUUAGAUCCAAACAAACAAACAAAAAACUCAGAAUGAGCUGGUUGGAGAGUGUUUUAGUUGUGUUUUAGUUAUAUAUAUUCACAUGAAAAUGCACAGAUGCCAGCCACAACUACUCAGUGUGGUGCUUGCCUGACUGUAGAAUUGGGCGGGUUACAGAUCAAUGUCCGUGGACAGGAUUGUAGCCAAGAACUUGAAACAUCACUGGAAAGACCUACAGACCCUUAAAUUUAGGGUUUAGGACAGGUGCUGAAAGACUCUGUUCCUUUCUCAGAAUCUUAUCAUUAAACAUUUCUUGAAAAAAACUUCUCUUUAAAUAAAAUAUCCAUUAGGUCCUUUUCAAUUGUGAAAACAAUCCUCAAACUACACAAACUCUGUGAGGGAGUACCCCAUUUUAUUUACAACAUAGUUAUUGUUGCUGUUACUACAUGAUAGGAUUCCCAAUAUGAGAACUCAAUUAAUGUUCAUUUUGUCGAUAAUGUUCACUUAAUAAAAGAUAAUUAUUCUAUAUACAAGGCUAAAAGAUUAGGAAAAAAAUUAUUAAAAUGUUUAAACCAAACGUUUUCGGCUGUUUGGCAUCAUCAGGGUUGAAAAUAAUGACCGUCUGUACAUACAGACGGUCAUUAUGGGAAUCACAUGAGACAUAUAUGUAUGUACAGACAGUCAUUAUUUUCAACCCUGAUGAUAUCACAUGAGAUAUAUAUGUAUGUACAGACAGUCAUU